AUGAACACUGCGAUCGACGGUUCGAAGGAAACCCCCCUUCCGGAUCUGCAUUACAUCCAGUAUGAUCCGGACAAGGAAGCACAAUAUCUCUCCGCCAUUCGAGAAUUGAUAUCAAAAGAUCUUUCCGAACCCUACAGUAUUUAUGUUUACCGCUACUUCCUGUAUCAAUGGGCAGAUCUCUGUUACAUGACGGUCGAUGCAUCCGGGGAAUUGAUCGGAGUUGUCGUCUGCAAACUGGAACCACACCGUGGUGGUCCAAUGCGUGGCUACAUUGCGAUGCUAGCAGUCAAAAAGGAACACAGAGGUAGAGGUAUUGCCUCGAAACUCGUGAGAAUGGCCAUGGACGGUAUGAUCGCCAAAGACGCCGACGAGAUUGCAUUGGAGACUGAGAUUGACAACAUACCAUCUCUCAAACUCUACGAACGACUGGGUUUUCUGAGGACAAAACGCUUGCACCGCUACUACCUGAACGGCAACAGUGCAUACAGACUUGUGCUAUACCUCAAAGACGGGGUCGCCUUGAAGCAAUCACAGAUGCCUUACGACCCAUUGUAUUAG